CCCACCCGGGGAGCAAGCGACAAUGGCCCAGCAGCGUCCCUCCAGCGCUCUGGAGCCCGAGCACGUCCAGCGCCUGCUGCUGUCCUCCCGCGAGGCCAAGAAGUCAGCCUACUGUCCCUACAGCCGCUUCCCGGUGGGGGCCGCCCUGCUCACCGGGGACGGCAGGAUCUUCUCGGGGUGCAACAUAGAAAACGCCUGCUACCCGCUGGGUGUCUGUGCAGAACGGACUGCCAUCCAGAAGGCCAUCUCUGAAGGGUACAAGGACUUCAGAGCCAUAGCUAUCUCCAGUGACCUGCAGGAUGAAUUCAUCUCGCCAUGUGGAGCCUGCCGGCAAGUCAUGAGAGAGUUUGGCACCGACUGGGCCGUCUACAUGACCAAGCCAGAUGGCACCUAUGUCAUCAGAACAGUCCAGCAGCUGCUGCCAUCCUCCUUUGGGCCUGAGGACCUGCAGAAGAUCCAGUGAGGCCCCAAGAGCACUUGCAGCCUGGCAGAGAGAGCCUGAAGAGGGCUUGUAUUCCAAGAAAGCUCUCAAACAAGAAAUGGAGACACAUCAGGCCCGGUGCUGGAUGCUGGGGAAUCUGAGUUUAAACACCACCACAGUCCCCAUCAAACAGAACUCACAUGGCAGAGAAAGUCAAGGAAGGCUCCCUGGAGGAGGUGAUCUAAGGUAUGGAUAGAAAGUCAGAGUAUAAAUCAAACCAGAGGGAGCAGCAAGAUGGUUGCGGUGACUGCAGAAGAUUCAGUAUUGCUGGGUCCUUGGGCAGAACAGGCGACUGCAGGAAGGACACUGGGAGUGAAGAACCUGUGUCAGCUACGGAGCCUGGGAAGGACUUUACACACAGGUGACAGGUGAUGUGGCCACAUUGACCUGGUCUGCACGAGGCACAAAUGACUGAAUUUCUCAACAAUGCCACAUCUCCUGCCCUACGGCCAUCAGGUCUCCAUCCCUCUUGGUCCAGUCACCAUGGAAACGCUUCUUACCAUAGAAAUCUUACUGUCUGGCCUCUGUGAUCUGAUUGUAACCUCCAAAACUUCCAGCUCAGGAGUUUGAAGGGGCAGGAUUUUGAUCUGGCCUCAGCUUUGCCCUGUCAACAGUUUUGGCCCCUGCCCCCACCUUGGCUGUCAGUUUAGAGAUAGCAUUUCUGAAGUGGGCUGUGGCUAAAGGACUUUGUUGCUCUGAGAAAAAUGUGUCUGGCUCUGCUGGAAGGAGACAGAGUGCUGAAACUGUGCCAGGGGACACCUUCCAGAAAAGGAAGGUCAAACAGCCUUCUGCGGCUCUUUUCUCAACUCUCACUCUUUUCCAUUUUGACAUUAACUUCAGCUUUUUCCCCCACAUCCUUUGGGAGAAGGUUACAUGAUGCUUCGUAGGAAGACUGUGUACUCUACCAGAACGCUGCAGUCUCACCCGCCUGGGCGGGGUGGGGGAGUACAACGAAGACGCAGGAUGCACCAGUGGGGAGUGGAAAUCAGAAACAGGUCCCGAGGGCCUCCCGCACACGCGCCAUCCUCCUGUCAUCCUUGAUUCUGGGCACAUCAAAGUCCACCUGGUACACAGCUGCUGUUUAGUUAAUGUUCUGUGAAUGAAUGAGCCUGCAAUAUCAGCAGGUAUCUCAGCAGAAAACCAUAUUCCACAUCUCCAUUUUGACCUUCUGGGUACCACUGCAGGGAGGGGCGGGAUUAUGGAGGAACUGGGGACACUCUGUCCCUCUGAGGCCCUGGGCUGGAUUAUGAACACUCCCUUCAUAGGCAGGGAUGAAUUUAACAGGACCAUUGUCCCGAAGAAAAGCACCUCCUGGGUUUGUCAUAGGCAGCUGUGUCUCUAUCCUGAAUGAGAACACAGAAUCCCACAGCCCUUGUCAGAACGCACUUUGUGCAGAUAUCUGCUUGCUUCUUCUCUAUGCAGAUGUCUGCCAUGAGGUCAGACUGCAUGCUGAGCUGAGCUCAAACCUGUCAGAAGCAACUUAGAUCUUUCUAUGCAAGGAGAUAUGAAUGAGUCUGAUCUACAAUGGAAAGCUAAUUAAUAUCAGUUUAGAGAUUUCAUUUCCAGCAGGAGUAUUACAUAUCACAGUCCAAUGAGAUUGUCUGAAGCUUGGGAGAACAAAUCCUGGCACUUACAACAAGUAUACUCCUUAAAUUCAGAUACUGACAUGAUGUCCUUCACAGACUGGGUACUGAGCAUGGGCCUCAUGGUAAAAGAUGUUAGGGGAGGGCUAGAGAGAUGACUUAGCGGUUAAGAUGCUUGCCUGCAAAGCCUAAGGACCCAGGUUUGAUUACUCAGUACCUACGUAAGCCAGAUGCACAAGGU